AUGAGAUGGCUGCUCCUCCCAAUUCUGUUCCUUGCCGCUUUCCAGCCUAUGCUUGCCAAAGCCACGAACUGCAAUCGCGUGUGUGGAAACCGGCCACUGGCCCUCAGCCAAGGCAGCUCCUUGCGGAUUAUAGGCGGCACAGAUGCGUUGCCGGGGACAUGGCCCUGGGCUGUCAGCUUACAGUUUCCAACGCGAAAGGGAUGGAGUCAUUUCUGUGGCGGCUCGCUCAUCAACUCUCGCUGGGUCGUUUCUUCCGCUUUCUGCUUCCGCAUCAAAAAGUUCCUAAAAGUGGAAUACUUCCGGGUGCAGCUCGGUGCCACGCAGCACUCCAAGCCCGGCCCCGACGCCCAGGUGCGCAAGAUCAAGCGGCUGGUGGAGCACGAGAAGUUCGCGGGCCAAAGGCACAACUUCGACAUCUCCUUGAUAGAGCUCAGCGAGCCGGUCAUUUGCAACCACUACAUCCAGCCUGCGUGCCUGCCGGAUCCGAACCUGAAAAAGAGCGCGCUCAACGAUUGCUACACCUGCGGCUGGGGCAUCAAGGAGAUGAAGUUUUAUGGGCGUGCUCCUAACGCGGACAUCCUGCAAGAGACCGCCGUGGAGCUGCUCCCCGGUAAAGUCUGCAACAGCAGCAGAUGGUAUUUCAUUGGCAUCAGAGAUGACAACAUCUGUGCCAUAUCUGACGAAGCCUACAUCGACAACUGCAGGGGUGACGGGGGCAGCCCCCUCAUGUGCAAGCAGGAGAACUCGCAACGCUUCUGGGUCAUUGGCAUCAGCAGCUGGGGCAGUGGCUGCGACAGACAGAAGGCGGCAGGGGUCUUCACCUCCACCCAGAGCUACUAUCACUGGAUCCAGAAGAUCCUGAAGAACCCACCUCAGUCUGCUCUGCUCCCACCGUUCAAGCCAACGGCCCGGCCCCGGCCCACAACCGUACGCAUAUAUCCCACCUACCAGUGGACCACAAGGAAAACAAUCCCCUUUCGUACGACUACCACUACCACCACCCCCCUCACGACGGUGCAGACAACUCGCCGUUAUAUUACCAGGACAACGUGGAAGUGGCCAGGAAGCAUGCCAGCCUGGUGGUAUGCCACGCUUCCUCCUAAAUACCCUGACUGGAAUUUUCCCACUCACAAGAUUAUUCGAGGUACCAAAAAGUGGGUGAGGCCGGCGUGGCUGCCCCCGCCGUACACUGGGCGGAAUUACUGGCCCAACCAGCCCUGA